ACCCACAACAGUCUUCUAGAGAAGCUAUUGCAUCUGUGACAACUGAUAAGGGGCAGCUGACAGACGGAAAUGGUGACAUGAUGUCCGGGGCAGCGGUUGGCAGCAAGACGAGAGGCGAUCGGGCUUUGCAGCAGCAGAUACAAACUGUCUGGAAGACUCUACAGGAUACGAGGAGUAACUUGUUCAUCUGCGAUACUCUCAUUCGCCAAAUAGUGAAGCCGGCACCUGCCGUCGGUGCCACGGCGUCACGACAGAUGCCCGAGACGUCUGUGCAGACGGACGUCCAGCCCGUGACGAGUGUGGGUACCCAGUGUGUGCGUGGCACUGUGGAGAACGAGUGCUGCCAGACGGCCCCUGAACUCUGUACCCGGGGCGUGCAGGCCAAGGAUGUUGCUGCCACCGUGCGGAACAAAUACUGCCAGGCAGUCGCUGAUGUCGCCACAUCAGCUGUCCAGACAUUUGGGGCAGGGGAAUGAAAUGAAAAGGACUGCAACUUCAAGGCCAAAUAGUGUUGGAUCAUCGUUGAAGCACGAGUACAGGAGAAACAUAUCCAGUUGACUUCAAACUGUGUCCAGUAUAUCCUCUACUCACUGGUAAUCAUAAUGCUACAAGGUUGUGAAAGUCUGAUGCUGGCAACUUAUUGCAGGAGUCAAUGUGUAUUGUGCUAUAAGCUCAGAAACCACACACUACGUCUUUGGAAAUAAUAGCAAAGGAAAAAGAAUGUUAUUUCCAGAGGUAAAUGUUAGGACAGUGAAAACUUUUGCAGAAACUGGAUUGACAGUAAUUUGAGAUGAAGUUCAGUGUCAAUAUAACGUCAUGACUGGGGUCUGUUGCUGUAAUACGACUAUUUAAAAAAGAAUGCAGAUCAGAGCCAGUCUUUCCCCCCCCCCCC